GACGCAAAAUCUCGUUCCGGAAGCAAAAGAAACCCCGAUCACCCCCGAUAGCGAACGCAAAAAACAAUUGAGACACGCAAAACCCGAGAAAAAAGUGAAAAGACUCCAAAACUGGCGAAAAACCCGAAAAUUCCAUAACAAAACACGCAAAAUAAAAACAAGAAAAAAAGUGAACAACUUUCAUACGUAAUAAUAAAAGAAAGAAAAAAAACUUGAUUUUAUUAUUUUUGAUUCGAAAAGUUCCCGUCUGCUGCUCGACGAACAACCUAACAACUAUCGAUUUGCAUAUUAAAGGCAAUUGAGGUGCAUCUACGCGACACAAAAGAUACGACAUUAUCGCACAUUAUCAAUCUGGCCAGUAAGAAGACGUAGAAGAGAAGCAGAAUAGAGAUUAGAAAAAAAAAGUCGGCGUUCGAGUGUCGGAAAGACGCAAUAUCCAACGGAGGAAGCGGGCGACACAAAUUGCAUAAUUUGCCUGGUGACAACGACUUUUUGGCACAAAAAACAAGAAAAAAAAAAUUUUUUUGUCUCUUCAAUGGAAAAUACUGAAAAAAUGUGACUUUUCAAGUGAAGUUUCAAUUUUUUCUGAUAAAAACAAAAAUUUUUACAAAAAAUCAAAAUAAACUUUAUCCAGUAAAGCUCAUCGCGACUGACCAACAAAAAUAAAAAUAAUAAAAAUUUACGAAAGAAACGAGUUAUGCAGAAACGCACCUUCGUCGUUACAUCGCAACAAAUUGAAUCACAACGUUUAUAAAUAAAUAAAAAAAAAUAAAUUUAGACGAAAAUUUUGUUGACAAUUAAAAAGUGGCCAAGAGUGAAAUAUAAUUUAGAGACAAAAAAGUUUCUUGAACUAUUUUUUUUUUUUUUUUUUUUGCAAAAAUAAAAAAAAAUUUCACAGACGAUUUAUUUUGAAAUAAACAAAUAAAUAAAUAAAAAACACGAAAUUUAUUGGUGAAUUGUGAAAUCAAGUACCAACUAAAUACAAAAAAAAGAGAGUCAUCAGAAGUAUGUCACAAGUUGACACGGUCAUACAUUUGUUUGCUGGAGGAGUUGCUGGUACGUUCAGCGCCGUAUUGACAUGCCCAUUGGAAGUGGUAAAGACCCGAUUACAGAGUUCAUCUGCCUUUUUGCCGCCGCGCUUCUCGAACAAUGGCUCGUCGGGCAGCAACAAACUCGAUGCGACGCGAUUGCACACGGAACACCGCAAUAAAUUCUGCUCAAAUAUUCUCAAGAGGCGCCCGCAACAGGUGCUCGCCAUUUCCUCAUGCAGUAUAUCAUCCAAAGCGCCGUCAAUGAGUAUUAUGCAAUGCCUGCGACACAUUGUCGAGACGGAGGGCACGCGUGCCCUGUUCAAGGGACUCGGACCGAAUAUUGUCGGCGUUGCGCCCUCACGUGCCAUUUAUUUUUGUGCCUAUUCACAAACCAAGGGCGCCAUGAAUACCUUAGGAUUAAUUCAACCCGAUUCCCCCCUCAUUCACAUUGUCAGUGCCGCAAGUGCUGGUUUCGCCUCCGCCACAGCCACAAAUCCAAUUUGGCUGGUCAAAACUCGCCUCCAAUUGGAUCACAACUCGAAGAAAAAGAUGACGGUACGCGAUUGUGUCCAACGAAUUUACAGCACAAGUGGCAUCCGAGGUUUCUACAAAGGUCUCACCGCGAGUUAUUUCGGCAUAUCAGAGACCGUGAUACAUUUCGUCAUUUACGAAAAGCUCAAAACUAAAUUGAUUGAAUUACGUGAGGCACAUCCCACCGAAGGCAAAACAUACCGCGAUUUCCUUGAAUUUAUGCUGGCUGGUGCGAUUUCCAAGACAGUUGCGUCGUGCGUCACGUAUCCGCAUGAAGUUGCGCGCACGAGAUUACGCGAAGAAGGCAACAAAUAUCGUACUUUUUGGCAAACGCUAAUCACUGUGUGGAAGGAAGAAGGCAAAGCAGGUAUUUACAGAGGCUUAGCCACACAAUUGAUCCGCCAAAUCCCGAAUACCGCAAUAAUGAUGGCAACGUACGAGGCUGUGGUGUAUGUCCUAACGAAGCAUUACCGAACUGGAGAAUUUUACUCGGAAAAUGGCAACAAUAACGUCUCGAACAACGCCGUUGCAACUGGCUAUCAACAGGAAAAUGAAAGCACAAUUGAUUCCUAAGUCGUUAAAAAUAUUUUUUUUUAAUUGUUAAAUAAUUUUCGUUUAAAAUUUUUUAUUUUAAAAAAUAUUUUCUUAUCAAAAAUUAGAAAAAAACAAAAAAAAAUCUGAGAUAUCGACAACGAUGAGGUGAUUUUACAUUGGUAAACAUAUUUAGUCACUAUUAUAUAAAUAGAGAGAGAAGAUAAAGUAAACAUAAUUAAUUAAAAUAAAUAAUUGAAAAUAAUUAUCAUAGAAAAAUAGUCGUAGGUUAGUUGUAAAAAAAAAUAUUAUAUUGACUUGCUUAUGAAUUGUAAGGAUUAUGAAGCACCUCAAAACGCACGCCUUACUUUUUAUAUUUAUAAAAAUAUGUCUAAAAUUUCCCGUUUGUUUCUGCGGUGAGUAAAUUUAUUCUUUUUUUU